GACUGCAUCAAACCCAGCGCACUGCUCUGAGGCAGCCUGAGCAGCUGAGAGGAGUGCGUCAGCAGUACAUUCACGUUCCUACUGAAGGACAAAGGGAGGGGGCAGAGCAAGCAUCUUAGUUGCCUGCAACACACAUGGAGGAGAAGAAGGAGGGGAGAGGAAAAAAGGAGAGAGAUUGGAGCAUAAGAAGAGAAGACCGGGAUUAGGAUGCCGCUGCCGCCCGCUUGCGUGUGACGGUGGUCUGGCUGCCUUGUUGAGCGCUUGCAUGCCGCCUCCUCCUCCUCUUCUUCCUCUCCAUCUCCCUCCCGUAUUCUCUCCUAUGCGCACUCUAUCUUCCCCUUGCUCUUGAUCUGUCACUAGUUCUCUCUCUCUCUCUCUCCCUUUCACUGUUCUAGUCGGGCUACUGCAGCAGUCCACCAGCCAGCCAGCCGCACACAUGGCCAACUGACACAACUUACUACCUCAGCCAGCCACGGUGGAGGAAAACUAUCAACUAAGCAAGACGACCACAGGAGACAAGCUUAAAGGAGAAACGGCGAACCAAGGGACGAGUCCUCAAUCGCCGUUUUUCGGAUACGGAGCUGACUUUGUCACAAUUCCAUCCUUUCUUUCUUUCUUUCUUUUUUUUGGGGGGGGGCUCUUGAGGACAGGAGCGCUCUCGCUUUCUCGCGCACUCUUCAACAGCCUUUUGCCAAGCUCCGGCAGUGCAGCGCAUCCCCCUUCUACAACCGACCCCCCCCCCCCCCCCCCCCCUUGCACCACCACCACCACCUUCUCUCCCACCACCACCACCACCACCCGCUCCCUCAGUACGAAUAGAUGGAUUACUGCUAACUGUGCACAGGGCAGCCUGCAGCUGCUCUGACCGGGGCCAGCCCGACGCUGGGAGGAAGCAAGAGGAGCGCAGAGGAAUAGAAGAGGAAGAGAGGAGGAGGAGGAGGGGAGGAUGAUUGUGCCCGGAGUUCUUUAGCCUUUUUCUGUCUCUCAGUCUCUGUCACAACAGGGCUAAUCACCAGCCGAGCAGCCCUUGGCAAAGUCACACUGAGGGAGGUCUCGCCACCAAACAAGGCAACCAGCGUUUAUCAGGAGACGGCCGGACUCUGAUUUUAUUUUUUGACUUUUUUAUCUCCUAACUCGAUGGAAAGCCACCGUGGAUCAGUUUUGCAUCUGAGAGAUUUGGGCCUGGUAGGGUGAGCUGGAGCAACAGAGAUCCACGCACCUGGCAAGCCUGUUUGACCUUACCUGUGCUCCGUUAGUGUGUAGUCCUCACGACCAGGAGCCAUUUUGUACCCUCAGUCAAUCAAGGGCCACCUGCACGUUCACGCUGAGAGGCAAAACAAGACGAGUGAAUCCUGCCACACUGAUCCAUGGAAGGACUCUAUAAAUCCAGGAAACGAAAACGAUUUCCACACUAAUGAGCAUCUUCCUGCACUGUCGAUGGAACUCGGGAGCCUCAAGUUGCUCCGGCCAGGCUAGGGUGAUCCGUCCUCUGGUGUGUGCCGUCUCCCCCCACCAUGCAGAAUAAUGUGCCCUCCACAUCAUGAGUCCGUUGGGCCAGGUUAGUGUGCAGCCUACCUGGAACACAGCCCUGCUUGCCGUGCUCUCCCUCAUGGUACCUGCCCUCAGUAUGUGCCAGUCCAGCAGCACAACACUGGGCUCAGCCAGCUCGCAGAACUGUCCGGGCAUGUGCUCAUGCACCAACCAGCUCAGCAAGGUGGUGUGCACCCGCAGAGGCCUGGUUCGGGUUCCUCCUAACAUCCCAGGCAACACCAGGUACCUUAACCUGAUGGAAAACAGCAUAGAGACCAUACAGGCUGACACCUUCAGACACCUGCAUCAUUUGGAGGUGCUGCAGUUGGGCAGGAAUGCUAUCAGGCAGAUUGAAGUAGGGGCCUUCAAUGGCCUGACCAGUCUUAACACUUUGGAGCUGUUUGACAAUAGGCUGACGGUCAUACCCAGUGGAGCUUUUGAGUACUUGUCAAAGUUAAGAGAAUUGUGGUUGAGAAACAAUCCCAUUGAGAGCAUCCCAUCUUACGCCUUCAAUCGCGUCCCCUCUCUAAUGAGGCUAGAUCUCGGAGAACUGAGAAAGUUGGAGUACAUCUCCGACGGGGCAUUCGAGGGUCUUCAGAACCUCAAGUACCUCAAUUUGGGCAUGUGCAACCUGAGAGAGUUCCCCAAUCUCUCACCCCUUGUGGGUUUGGAGGAGCUUGAAAUAUCAGAGAAUGUUUUCCCUGAACUUAAACCCGUAGCCUUCCACGGGCUCAAGAAUUUACAUAAACUGUGGAUUAUGAACUCCGCCAUCACCACCAUUGAGAGGAAUGCAUUUGAUGACAUCACAGCUUUGGUGGAAUUGAACUUGGCUCAUAAUAAUCUGUCAUCUCUCCCCCACAACCUCUUCACACAUCUGCACUACUUAGUGGAGCUACAUCUGCACCACAACCCUUGGAAAUGUGACUGUGAUGUAGUGUGGCUCUCCUGGUGGCUCAGAGAGUACAUUCCCACCAAUUCUACCUGCUGUGGACGCUGCCACACCCCAGGCCAUAUGAAGGGAAGAUACCUGGUGGAGGUGGACCAGACCACGUUUCAGUGCUCUGCACCAUUCAUUCUCGACGCUCCGAGAGAUCUGAACAUCUCGGCGGCAAGGGUGGCGGAAUUGAAGUGUCGCACAGCUGCCAUGAGCUCCGUUAGAUGGCUUCUGCCCAGCGGGACAGUAUUGACACACGGCUCGGUUCACCCACAGAUAUCUGUUCUUAAUGACGGCACCCUAAACUUCUCCAAUGUUCUGCCGUCAGACAUAGGGGUCUACACUUGCAUGGUGAGCAACAUGGCAGGGAAUUCAAACGCCUCGGCCUACCUUAAUGUCAGCAAUGCCGAACUCAAUACGUCUACAAAUCUGUCCUAUUUCACCACUGUAACCGUGGAGGUAUUAGAGCCGACGGUGGAAGAAACCCCGAAACCUAAGCCAACACCCCCUGCUUCGCCUUCUGUCUUCAAACCCGUCUUCAUCUCCACGCCUACUGUGCUGUUCCAAAACACACAAACCCCAAGGCAGGUGUCGAUCCCCACUGCCAGGAUCCCCAGCGGGCCUGCUGCUAGCCUGGAUGAGGUCAUGAAAACCACCAAAAUCAUCAUUGGCUGUUUCGUCGCCGUGACCUUAUUGGCAGCGGCCAUGUUGAUUGCGUUCUAUAAGUUGCGUAAGCGGCAUCAACAGAGGAGCACAGUGGCCGCAGCCAGGACCAUAGAGAUCAUACAAAUGGAGGAGGAAGUUCCUUCAGUUCCGCCCACUUCUGGAUCUAGCUGCUCGGAGGAGACGGGGUUGGUAUUGCCUACGUUAGUGGAACACAACAGCAACACCUUUAAGCCUGGCUACGUGUCGUCGUCUCGCCAAGGGGCCUACGCAGCCCAUUGGACCCAGAACAACACUCUGCAUUGUUCAGCCAGACAGCAUCACAGCCACAUCAGUACCAUAGCGGAUCCUUAUAUCAUUAAGACUACUCAUGGAAAAGAGAAGGUUCAAGAGACCCAAAUCUGAAUAAUGUUCUCCCGGGAUUUGUCUCUGACUCUGCCCAAACCUUUUGUCCAUGUCGUAGAAUGCACAAAGAAAAAGAAAUGGUACCUUGCUUUUUGUACAGAAGUAGAGACACUUCUUGUUUCUUGUACAUGCCUAUACAUAAGUAUAUCACUUAAGAGAAUACAAAUCUAUAUAUCUAUAUACGUACAUGACACUAUCAGGCAGUGGUGAGACAUGCAGAUUCUCUUAGAAAAGAAAACAAUUUGACACUAUUUUCUAAUAACAGGUGACCUCUGUUUAAAGAUUGCUUUUAGUGAUUAAGGGUGGUACUCCCGAGUGCGGGAAAGGAGGUUUUUGGACCAUAUUUAGGAUGCGGUAAAAGAUGAAUCUUUACAUAUGGUUUCUGUGAGCUCCACUUUUACUGUGCCAAAUAUGAUAUGCAAUAAACCGGCAUUUCCCGACAAAGGAGAAAAAAACAAAAAACAAAGGGACUCACAAGUCAUAUGUGGCUAGAUUUGAACAUUUGUGUAAGGAUAGCAGUGUGAUGGCACAGAUCGAGCGUGUACUGUUCAGUAGCCAACAGACAAAUGCUUUUUGGACUGCAGUACAUUUUCUGCAGCUCAGAUUUAACCCUGUGUUUGCUGAUGUCAUGCUUUGACCGUUGUUUUUUUUUUUAAUAUAAACAUGUUAAUUCGGUGUGCACAUCAAAUGAUCAUGGCGUGCAGACUAAUAGCGGUUGUUGCAAAUAUUUAGUUCUGUUCUGGGUUGCAUUCUGUUGUGUUGUUUCUCUCCCUUUUAGGUUUUGCUUCUUAAUGGCUUGUGUAGUGUUUAGGGCUAAUUUAGUAAUGCAUUACAGACGUUGCCUGACUUGUCUCUGCAAGGGCUCAUUCUGAUGCUAAUUUUUCAGCGGAACUGACAUGUGGUGCAGUGAUACAGGGCUUUGCGGACCAUUCCGGUUUUGGGAAAGAAAAAAAAACAGAUUGAUGUUAAACACAAUGAAUGUCUGUCUGAUAUCUGGGGCUUUUUCCAUGGACUACAUUGACAUUGUUUUACCUUUUUUUUUUUUCUUUUUUUUUUUGAGGAACACUAUUUUUAUGGAGAGACAAACAGAGGCUAUGAAAAAAAUAAAACCUUUUGGUUUGUAUUUCUUUAAACGCAAACACAUCCAUCCCAUGUCUUUUGUGUGUG